UUGGUUGUUUCAACAACCAUUCGAUGGCGUCUACCCGAGACCUCAGCUUUACUUCCAACACCAAUAGAAGGAUUUCUUAUAACAAUCAAAGAACUCAAUUAUCAACGAAAGGAUUAUACUCAAAAUAAAACAAACACUUGGGUGUUCGAGGCUAAACUGGCUAAAUCGAUUAACCAGAUAACGUCUAAUUAUCAUCAGGUUGAAUUCUUCCUGAAUUCCCAUAAGCUAUUUAACUUUGGAAAAAAGUACAAAAUCGAAGUGGCACUGUUACCACUUGUGCUGGGUGGUGUAACUAAUCAGAUCAGAUUGAUUCCGCAGAAUGUGGAGAAUCCUAAGCAAUGUCUAGCGACUAAAGAAACUGCUGAGUUGGCAAAGUACUGGAAUUUAAAAAUAUUGUCAGUCCAUGUAAUGAUCGUUCAAGCUGCCGUCAACAUAAGCUUCAUAUCAGCUCCGAAAAGUUUAUGUAUCGAUCGAUACUCAAUUCAACUACAUAUAAAAGAUAAUCCAAUUAUAAUUGAAUACAUCGUGAAUAAGACUGAAGAUGUCGUUCAACAUCAAUUACUUGAAGGUUUACCGCGGGAACAAUAUAUCACUGUUAAGGUUGUGCCAUACAGCUAUCCAAAUGAAAGAUGUCCCUGCACAUUCUGUAAUUGCAUAAUGACCAAGAGUUAUCCCUUUAUUUUGCCUUUACUCAAAAGAGAGAAGAAUAUGGCAAGUACACAACACCCAGCCAUCAUCACAGAUGAAUAUGGAAUGGCUUUUCUUGGUCUUUUCAUUGUUCUGAUCAUAUUGCUUGCUGGAUUUAGUUUGAUAACUCUUGCUUGUGUAAUGAAAAGAAAAAAAGAUGAGAAGCAGAGCAAAGUAUAUCUUCAUCAUGACCUAUUGGACAGAAAGCUACUUGAACCAUCACAAAAAUUCCGUGUACUUCUUGUAACAUCUAUUGGAUCAGAAGAGGAACUGAACUUUGUUGAUGAAUUAGCUCUAUUGCUGAGUCAAUAUUCAUCAAUAUCACUCAAAUACCAUCGUUUUGAUGAGCUAGAUUUAGAACAAAACAAGCACAUCUGGACAGUGAAGCAUAUAGCUGAUUGCGAUAAGAUAAUUCUUGUUCACACACGUCACAGACCAAUCAACAAGACAGAUGAUUUAUUAUAUUCAAUUCAAAAUAUAUUAUCACUUCGUGAUGAUCGAGUGAUUCUUGUGAAAUUACAUAGAAAUGCCGUUGUUUUUAAUGUUUUUCAAGAGACUAUCUAUCUAUUUCCGCGUGACAUACAAUACUUCUGUACACAUCUUCUUUUAAAAUAUGACAAUCAAUGGAUUUCUUUGGAGGAAAAAGCCCUUAACAUGUACAAUAAGCAGCCGACAACUAUACCAGAAAGUCGUUUGACAGAGCUUGUUCAAAAGCUUUUAGCUUCCAACUCAAAAGCUUCUGAUCAAAUGAGUUUGGCUGAUAUAGAAGAAGAGGCGGAAAUGGAGGAUAUGCCAUCUCCAGCUGCCGAACAUUCAGCUUUACACGCUUUCAAAACGUCUCAACCAGCAAGCCCAAUGGACAGUGGCUAUCAAAGCAAAUCAUCAUCAAUGUAA